ACUUAUACAGGUCAGUUCGUCUACCAUCUCCUGCCAGUGCUCAGCAGCUCCACCAUCCAGUCUGUCCUGGCCUCCAUCGGCUACCUGCCCCACACUGACACUGCUCUGAGUGAAUACAGACUGAGUGAGGAGGCGGACCCUCAGAGGGCCCAGCUGCUGGGCUUCCAGCUGCUGCUGGCCAGGGUGGAGUGUUCCAACCUGCUGGAGCUCCUGGAGAGGCUGGGACCACAGGAGUGGCUGGAUGUUCUCCAGAGGAAAGCAGGGCCGAAGACCCUGGAAGAGAACACAGAAGAGAACACAACUAAAGGUCAAAAGGAGGAGGAGGAGGAGGAGGAGGAGGAGGAGAUAAAGAAGGAAGAGGAGGCCGAUAGAAGAGAGGAUCCUCAGAGUUCAGCCAACCGGCUGGAGUUGAAGCCUCAGCCUCAGCCCAAGCCCCGCCGCAGCCACCUCACCAGUGUGGAUCAGUCCAUCCUGGAGAUGCACAAGUCCUACCCUGACCUGUCCAUCAAGGGCCGCCGCCUGGUGCCGCACAGGGCCCCCAGAGAGGACAGCAGAGGGAGAGAGGGUCCUCCGGGCAGCACCAACAUUCACUGUGAUGAGGCUGGAGCUGAUGGAGGCACCACAGCUGCUGCUCCCUCUGUCCACAGGACGGAGGAUGGCCUCACAGCUGAGGGAGUGAUGGGUGAAGAAAGCAGAGGCAGUGGCUGUUCUGACAGGAUCAGUGGAGGGAGCGCCCCCCCAGGAGACGCCCUCAGCAGCAGUACCACUGAUGGAGGCAGAGGGGAAGAGGAGCUCAGUGGUCCUCUGGGUGUUUCCCUCCACAUCACUCUGAGAGCUGGAUCUAAAGGGGAGCAGAGCCUGAAGCCCGGAGACCCUCAGGCCACAGCAGAGCACUCUGCAGCAGACCUUCAGAAUAAGACCGCCGCCCCCCCAAAGCUGUCCUCUCUGAGCUCCCUGGAAGAGGGUCAGAUGCUCAAAGAGCUCAGAGAGAGGAUGGGCCAGCUCAGUGUGCAGGAGACCAGUGAGGAAGGGAAGGGAAGACAUCACAAAAGAGAAGAGGACAACACGGAAAAAGAGAGGAGGAGGAAAGAGAGGAAGGCCAGCACAGAGGGGGGGGGCGAGGAGCAGACCCUCAGGACCCCUCUGAUGGAGCCGGGUCCAGCCCCCUGCCCCCCUGCCUCCUCUCAGCUCCAUCCCGCGGAGGAGAGGGAGCACCCCCCACUGAGCAGCGGGACAGCAGACUGCCAGGUAGUCUGUGCAGGAGAGACGGGCCGGGGGGGGGAGGAGGAGCUGGCUCAGAGCUUUGUUAUCCUCUAGCACAGGGCCGGCAAACUCAGUUUAGUUCAGGGGCCACAACAGACACAUCUGACCUCAAGUGGCGCAGCAAAGUCCUAUCAUAAUAACCUAAAAGCACAACUCCUUCCCUUUGUUUGAGUGCAAAAAAGUACAUUCCGAAAAUGUUUUUUAAUCCACUAUCUUUUUUCAAAACAUUAUGAACAACCUGACAUUUCUUAAGAUAAAUAAGUACAAUUUCAACAAUUGAAUGCCUCAGUUUAUAAUUGACACAUGUGCAUUACAACUUACACAUCACAGUAUGUAGUGUAGUAAUUUGGACCCUCUGAACUGACACACCACCAUACAAACUGGGGACACGUUUUACCCCCGCCUUGUAAAUGUAUCAAAUGUAUAAAUACAAAAUACCUAAAAGUUGAGAAAAUUGCUAAUCUUAUUUUCAAACUUUGCAAAGCUGGCCGUAUGUCUGACACCCCUGCUCUAACUUCACAAGAAAUCAAAUGCUCUUAAGGUUGAUUUACAUGAUGGAAAUGAUGAAUAACCAUACUCAGCAAUUCCAAUAUCGACCAAGAUUGACCUGUACAUAUUUCAAAUGGAAACUGAAAUGAUCUGGCUCAGUAGAAAGAAUGUUUUUUACCACCCUUCUUCUUUGCCUUUUUUUUGUUGUCUCCUGGCAAAAUGCACUCUGGUAAGCAGUGAUGAUGUAGUGUAAAUGUUUAGGGCUUUUAUUGUCAAAGGUAUGUGCUGCUGUCUACAAUGCAGGAGCCAUUAAGAGUGUGACAUCUUUGUUCAGACUACUGACCUACAGUGUCUGAAAACGUAAGCAUUCUUUUUCGUACUUAAAUGCAGCCUCAUCUCCUGUGGGGACAGCGACCUGCUGGAAGGAUAGCAGAGUGAAAGAGAGGCUUAUAGCAAAGAUGGUGUCAAUAUCCUAUAGACUACAUUGGACACAACUAUUUUCCUCAGAAUGAUAAGUUAGAUUUGUUUGCCUAUUGUCACUUUAAAAGAAUGAGAUUGAAUAACAAAUGCAAAAACCCCAUGUAUGCAUACUCAGGUGGAACUCUGCUGUGACUCAGGAGUGUCUGCAGCUGCUCUGCAUGUAACAAGCAGGACACACGUGUUGAGUCCCUCCAGAUACAUAUUCAGUGAAACCACAUAUAAAUAAAUAAAAAGAUAAAUAAAUCCUGUUUAUUGUGUACAAGAAUAUUGCAUUUGAUUAAUUGUUUCUGUGAGGAUUAUCAAAGACCCCCAUCACCCCAGCCACAAACUGUUCUGUUUGCUGCCGUCUGGCAGGCGGCACCGCAGCAU